AUGUCAAAACGAAACCUUCUCCUAUGUUUCGAUGCCUUUGGAACCCUAAUUAGACCUGUUCGACCAGUUGCGCAACAGUACGCAGAUGUUGCUCGCCAAUGCGGUUUCACCAAUUUCGACGACGAUGAGCUACAAGCUGCCUUCAAGUCGUCCUUUAAACAGGAGUCCAAGAAAAAUCCGAAUUAUGGAAAGGAGACGGGAUUAGGAGCGACGAAUUGGUGGACUAACGUUAUUCAUAAUACAUUCACGUCUUUGGCGAAGGAUGACAAGCCCUUACCUAAAGACUUAGCACCGAGGCUGCUACAUCGAUUCGCGUCAAAAGAAGGUUAUGAGACUGAACCAAGUCUCGUUGAAGCAUUCAAGAAGUUGAGGCGAAACCCGCCUCAAGAAUUUGACAGUCUUGUCAUUGGCGUUAUAACGAAUUCAGAUGAUCGAAUUCCUAGCAUUCUUUCAUCCUUAGGUCUUGCCGUAAGCCCAUUGAGAUAUGGAACUAAAUCAGAUCUUACCAAACUCAACGACAAGACCUACGAUAUCGACUUCCAUUGUAUGUCUUACGACGUUGGCGUUGAGAAACCGGACAAGCGCAUUUUCGGCGCAGCAGAACACAUGCUCGCCCAGAUCAUCAGCGCUCGUAGUGGGAAGAACUUGAGCGAAUCUGAAGGAGAGAUUAGUAGAUGGAAGAAGGUGUAUGUGGGUGAUGAUUAUUCGAAAGAUGUACUUGGGUCAUUCAAUGCGGAUUGGAACCCUGUGUUACUCGACCCAAAAGACGAGUGCGAAAGCAUCGCCGAUUUGAAGCAUUGGCGGUCGUCGGCAAAUGACAGGCCGGAGGGGAAAAUUUGCAAGAUUGAGGAUCAUCCAGAUGCGACAUUGGACGGAGUAUUCCGAGAACACGACGUUGCGACUGUUCAUUCCAUUCGAAACCUGCUGUCCUGGCUGUCAAGAUAA